AUGGAGUGCGACAGUAUGCAUUCUGCGAUAGAAAAGAGACUCAGGAAUCAGGAGAUUUACACACCUGCCGGAUUUUUAUCAGCAUGCAAGAAAGCACGAACAUCGCCAAAGCCUUAUUCUGUGGAACAUCUUCUUCACACUGAUUUGAGAGAUUUCAGUAAACUCAAGUAUUUUACUACCAUUCGUCUUGGUUUCAAAGUAGGAGAUGCUACAGUUAACAAUUUAUGCGCCCUCAAAUAUACGCCUGAUGGAAUGCUAUUCUUCAAAAUAAACUUUGAUGAUGAUUGGACCCAACUCAUCAAAAGACAUUCGGCAGCGGUCAUGGGAACAGAGGAUAUCCCGUGUCUAUACCGAGACUCGCUACCAAUAAAAAAAUCAAAAUAUGAUCACUUACAGGAUUUGAAGAAAAUUAGUAUGGAUGAAUUAGUUGAUCACUUGCCAUUCACCCUUCAGAACAUGACAAAAGCUGAACUUAUUGAAAAUCUCUAUUUGGGCGAUGGUGAUGGGAAUAUUGAUGCUGAAAGUAUUUCAUCAGAUGAUGAAUCUUUAGUUGGUGAUAAUAUGAACGAUGAAAACUUGGAAGAUAAUAGUGAUGAUGUCCCCGUUAGUGAUAUAUUUUCCGACACUGAUUCUGAUACUGAGGAAGAUAUCAUCCUACUGAAGGAUCUACAAGCUCGAUUUCUCUCUGAUAAUGAAGCAAGUCCGAAGAUAAAAAGAGGCAAGAAAAUUCACCCCGGUAAAAAUUUGGCAAGAGAUGAAGAUAAUAACGUGGCUCCCACAGAUGCCACAAAUGAAACUGUCCCUGUGAACCUUGCAGACCCCAAUGAAACAAUUGAGUUUCCGACUGAUCAAGCAUCGGAGCCACUAGCUGACCCAGGAACGUCUGGUAUAGUGGGAAAGAAAACAAUUAAGAAGAAAUCCCGUCCAAUUCAGCCCAGGCAGAAAAGUGAAAGACUAAAGAAAAGUCAAACAGAUGCAAAGUGUGGCCUAUGCUUCUGUAAUUAGAAAGACUUUCUUGGAGGCCCAGAAUGGAUCCAAUGUAUUCAGUGACUAAAGUGGAUAUGUGGCGCAUGUAACAACGAAAGUAAAGACCCUUAUUUUAAAUGCGAU